AGAGUCGUCGAGUAUCGAACGAUCAACAUGGCCGUCUCCCGGCACACCGCGAAGGUUGACACUACUUUUCUGACGACUGUGAAACGCAACGUAACGUGAUAUCCAAGUCAAUCGCAAAAUUUGACACGCGGCUCGCGCUUGAUAUCGCGUGCAAGAUGGGAAUUUUCUUUGCGAAAAAAAAGCAACCGAGUCGUGUCACCGAGCAGGACAAGGCGAUCCUGCAAGUGAAACAGACGAGGGAUAAAAUUAAACAGUAUCAAAAGAAAAUUGAGCAAAGCUUGGAGAAAGAACGGUUGCUGGCGAAGGAACUUUUGAAAAAUGGAAAGAAAGAUCGUGCGUUGCUAUUAUUACGCAAGAAGAAGUAUCAAGAACAAGUUCUGUCUCGUGCAGACGGCCAGCUAGAAAAUCUUGAGCGUAUGGUCCAUGAUUUGGAAUUUGCUCAAGUUGAGACGAAAGUUGUCGAUGGCCUAAAAGUUGGCAAUACUGCAUUGAAGCAAUUACACGCUUUGUUAUCUAUCGAUGAAAUCGAAAAAGUUAUGGACGAGACGAGAGAGGGUAUCGAGAAGCAAAGAGAAAUUGAUGAAGUAUUGACGUCAACAAUUGCUACAGAGGAAGAAAUUGACGAAAGUGAAAUUGAAGCAGAAUUGGAUGCAUUGGUGGAAGCUGAUAUCGAUGAGAAAGCCCCCGAAAUACCAAAGGACGUUUUAUUACCGGAUGUACCAAAGGAUUCGCCAGAAAAAGAGAAGAAACAUCAUGCGAAAGAAAAGAUUCAAGAGCCGAUUCCAGUAAUGGCAUGAAAUUGAUAGACUUAUGCUGAAUUAAGACUGUGCAAUACGCCAUGUAUAUAUGUACAGUAAAAUAACACGUAUUAUAAGUAUAGUUUAUUAAAUUUAUCUACAAAUCAAAAUUUUAGUCCAAAGUAUAAUUACUUUUCAUAUCUUACUGUAUAUUAUUUAUAAUAAGAUCCAUUAUGCAAUGUAUAUAUUACCUAAAUAUAAAAAUACAGUGAAUUUAGUCAUGAAAGAUGUAUGUAAGGAGUAAAUAAACAUAAUUUUGCUAUAUA